GACACACACACAGACACACACACACACACAGUUAGUUUGACAGAGCUACUAUGGGACUAGGCGGACUUCACCUCGUGAACCUGGAGUAGAAUCUGCUGUAAACUGACACGACACACACACACACACACGGAAACAAAACACAUAAGCAAAGCGUGGUUUUUUUGGACCAUGACGGAUACAGCAGCCGAGGAGGACAAGGACCCUGAUAUUGAGCUAUUUGUCAAGGCUGGGAGCGAUGGGGAGAGCAUCGGAAACUGUCCCUUCUCUCAGCGCCUCUUUAUGAUCCUCUGGCUGAAAGGAGUAGUCUUCAAUGUCACCACUGUGGACCUCAAAAGGAAACCGGCCGAUCUCCACAACUUGGCUCCAGGGACGCACCCGCCUUUCCUCACCUUCCAGGGGGAGGUGCUCACCGACGUUAACAAAGUGGAGGAGUAUCUGGAGGAGAUGCUGGCUCCACCAAAGUAUCCCAAACUUGCAGCAAAGAAUCGGGAAUCAAACGCAGCGGGAAAUGAUAUAUUCGCCAAGUUCUCUGCUUACGUCAAGAACAAAAGACCGGAUAAUAAUCGAGACCGGUGCCAGGAGCUCGGCUCCUCCGCGGGAGGUUUCGCGUGCUUGCGCGCUGCCUCCUCCGGUUACUUGUGCUUGUCAAACACGUGCCUCUCACUUCCGCUGUUCGUCCUCCGCGUCAGGUCCAUGCCCUCGCGCGAGUCCUCACACCGACCGAACCAUGUCGCGCUGCCGACAGGCUGCUCGCUCUCGUCUCCAAUACUAAACAACACGUCUUCGUCGCAGUCUCUCCGCUCCACCGCUCAGCCUCAAUUCGCUCAGCGCUACCCUUCACUAAUCCCUGCUUCGUCUCCCAUAGAACGCUCGGCCAAAGAGCUUUGA